AUGUUCGGAAUAGUCCCUUUAAUAUAAAAAAGAGUAUUAACAUGGAAUUUUUGGCCAGCUUCCAUGAGAUAAUUUUUAAUGCAUUCCGCCGGACCAUUUACUAUUUUCUUUUGGUGUCCUUUAAUAAAAUGGGGUAUUACUUUAGUUAAUUUUACUGAUUUUAAUAUACCAUUAGAGCAAGUUAAUACUUUUUAAUAAUUAGCUAUUAUGUUAAGUGGAUUUACUUGGACUAGAUAUAGUUUUGUUAUUAAUCCUGUUAAUUAUUCUCUUGCCCUUGUGAAUUUCGUUAUGGGUCUAUCUGGAAUGUAUUAAUUAUCAAGAAAAAUAAAAGGUGGUAAAUUAUUAGAUUGA